CCUACUUCCCCGUCUCCAUCUCUCACACCGUCACACUCUGUUUCCCUUUAAGUUUUAACCUUUUUCUUUUUUCAAUUUUGCAAUUUUUCUUUUGCAGUCUUGCUUUCGUAUCUACCCGCAAUCUUCUAGGAGAUUUGACCGUUAAAAAAAGGAAGUUAUUUCUUGAUCUUCCCCACCCCGACACUUUUUAGUUUAUAGGGUUUUUGUUCUUUUGGUCCAACCCUAGCCCCUAGGGUUUUGUUUUCUCUCAAACUUAUCAGGUUCUGUAUUUACUUCAAAUUCAGGGCUUUUCGUGCUCCAAAACACAGCAUGUGCAUACAUUUUUUGUUGGGUUUUCCAGAAACACGGUCAAAGACUUUAUCUUUGGGAGGCUUUUGUUCUUAUACUAAUCUGGGGUGUUUUUUCUUGGUUUUUUCCCUUUCGGUUCCAAAAUUAUAAACUAAGAUACCCUUUCGGUGGUUUCUCUUGGAUUUUUGUUAUUGGACACUUAACGGGUUCUCCUCAAAUUACUGAACAAAGUUCUUGUUUGUUGCAAAGCUGCAAUUUUCAAGAAGUAUAGUGCACAAGUAUUGGGUUUUGGGAUUAGGAACAAGAUGAUUGCCGAGAAACCUAGUUGGAUUAGGCAUGAGGGGAUGCAGAUUUUCUCCAUUGAUGUUCAACCCGGGGGUCUUAGGUUCGCUACUGGUGGGGGCGACCACAAGGUCCGUAUAUGGAACAUGAAAUCUGUUAGCAGGGACUUGGGAAAUGAUGAAUCUACGCAUAGGCUUCUUGCAACCCUCCGUGAUCACUUUGGUUCUGUCAACUGUGUCAGGUGGGCUAAACACGGUAGGUUUGUUGCAUCAGGCUCUGAUGAUCAGGUGAUUUUAAUUCAUGAGAGGAAGCCUGGUUCAGGAACCACUGAGUUUGGCAGUGGAGAGCCCCCGGAUGUUGAGAACUGGAAGGUUGCAAUGACUUUGAGAGGACACACUGCAGAUGUGGUGGAUCUUAAUUGGUCACCAGAUGACUCGACCCUGGCAACUGGGAGUUUGGACAAUACUAUCCAUAUUUGGAAUAUGAGCAGUGGCAUUUGCACUGCUGUUCUUAGGGGUCAUUCUAGCCUGGUCAAAGGAGUUGCUUGGGAUCCCAUUGGCUCAUUCAUAGCUAGUCAGUCAGAUGAUAAGACUGUCAUUAUUUGGCGAACAAGUGAUUGGAGCCUUGCUCACAGGACGGAUGGUCACUGGGCUAAGUCGCUUGGAUCUACGUUUUUCAGGCGGCUUGGAUGGUCCCCUUGUGGCCAUUUUAUUACUACCACUCAUGGUUUCCAGAAGCCAAGGCAUUCUGCACCUGUUCUAGAGAGAGGGGAAUGGUCUGCCACGUUUGACUUCUUAGGACAUAAUGCCCCAGUUAUUGUGGUGAAGUUUAAUCAUUCCAUGUUCAGAAGGAAUUCCACCAAUGCUCAGGAAGUGAAAUCUGCACCUGUUGGGUGGAGUAAUGGGGCUUCAAAGACUGGAGGCAAAGAACCGCAACCAUAUAAUGUUAUUGCAAUUGGGAGUCAGGACCGUACUAUAACUGUAUGGACAACUGCAAGUCCUCGUCCUCUCUUUGUGGCCAAGCAUUUCUUUGCUCAGAGUGUUGUCGAUUUAUCUUGGAGUCCUGAUGGAUAUUCACUGUUUGCCUGCUCUUUGGAUGGGUCGGUGGCUACUUUCCAUUUUGAGGUGAAAGAACUUGGUCACAGACUAAGUGAUACUGAACUGGAUGAGUUAAAAAAGAAUCGUUAUGGUGACGUGAGAGGUCGACAAGCAAACUUAGCAGAAAGCCCAGCGCAGUUAUUGCUUGAAGCAGCUUCAUCUAAACAAAACCCAAGGAAAAAAGUUGCUAAUAUUCAUCAAAAGCAGACCCUCAUAAAAUCUUCACUUGAUGCGGGGGUUGCAACAAAGAGUGAGCCUCAAGCUGAUGAGGGGAAGAAGACUAGUGGAACGGCUAGUGAUGGUUUAAAUAAAGUGACUUCUGGCCGAAUUUCUAGUCCUGUAAAACAAAGAGAAUAUAGGCGCCCUGAUGGCCGAAAGAGGAUCAUUCCUGAAGCAGUUGGUCUGCCUAUUCAGCAGGAGAAUAUCUCUGGUGGGGCUCAGGCCCAGGCACUCGACUUUCCUCUUAUGUCAUCUGAUCAUGGAAAGGAUGAUAAUGGUGUGGUACACACUGGGGUGGGCUUUAAAGAAAGUUCUGUCAGGGGAACAGUAGGCAGAAGCUCGGAUGUAAAGGAACGUUCUGGGGUCACUGCUAGGGCUUCAAUUGCUGAGAGCCUAAUUAUUGAGAAAGUUCCAAUCUCCACAGCCAGAGAUGGAAGCAUCAAUGUGGAGGAGUCGGGGGCUGCCAAGGCUUCUACUUCUUUGCCUGGUUCUAGUAAUUCUCUUUCUAUCAGGGUGUUUGAUAAGAAAGAAGGAGAAGAUGCAUUACCAAUUUGCUUGGAAGCUCGGCCUAAAGAACAUGCUGCAAAUGAUAUUGUUGUGGUGGGCAAUACAUUAAUGAUGAGAGAAACAGAAAUUGUAUGCACAAGGGGGUCUGAAACACUUUGGUGUGAUAGGAUUGCAGGGAAAGUCACUGUUUUGGUUGGAAAUGCAAACUUCUGGGCAGUUGGAUGUGAAGAUGGAUGCAUACAAGUUUACACAAAGUGUGGAAGGCGAGCUAUGCCGACCAUGAUGAUGGGAUCAGCAGCAACAUUUAUAGAUUGUGAUGAGUGCUGGAAGUUGUUGCUAGUCACAAGGAAAGGAUUGUUGUAUGUUUGGGAUCUAUACAACCGGAACUGUCUCCUUCAUGACUCACUGGCAUCUCUUGUUGCCUUGAACCCAAACGCAUCAUCAAAAGAUGCAGGCACAAUCAAAGUUAUAUCUGCAAAGCUAUCAAGAUCUGGUUCUCCUCUGGUGGUUCUGGCCACUCGCCAUGCCUUCCUCUUUGAUAUGAGUCUCAUGUGUUGGCUAAGGAUUGUAGAUGAUUGCUUCCCCGCUUCAAACUUUGCUAGCUCCUGGAAUUUGGGUUCAGUUCAGAGUGGCGAGCUGGCUGCAUUGCAGGUUGAUGUUAGGAAGUAUAUGGCAAGAAAGCCUGGUUGGAGCAGAAUGACUGAUGAUGGAGUGCAGACACGUGCUCAUUUGGAAGCACAGUUGGAAUCCGCUUUGGCUUUGAAGUCCCCUCAUGAAUAUCGCCAGUGCCUCCUGUCAUACAUACGCAUUCUUGCGAGAGAAGCAGAUGAGUCUCGUUUAAGAGAGGUCUGUGAGAGUUAUCUUGGACCUCCGACUGGGAUGGCUGAAGCUGCAUUUUCAGAUUCAAAGAACCCGGCAUGGGAUCCUUUUGUGCUUGGAAUGAGAAAACACAAACUUUUAAGGGAAGAUAUUCUUCCAGCAAUGGCAUCAAACAGAAAAGUCCAGAGAUUGCUUAAUGAGUUUAUGGAUCUCCUAUCCGAAUAUGAGAGUGCCGAAACUAAUUUUGACCAAAAAAAUCCCGCUCCACCAACAUCAUCUCCGAUGGCGACUGACCAAGGGGACUCUGCUGUACCAGCAGCAGCAGAUCAAAUGGACUCCGCUCCCACAAUGACGGACCAUAUGGAUUCUGGCCCUGCAGCUAUUGAUCAACAGGACUCGACUGAGCCGAAAAAAGAUCAAGCAAACUCUGCUCCACCAGUAAUAGAUCAAGUUAAUUCAGAUUCGCCAGUGACAGAUCAAGUUAAUCUGCCCUCACAAGCUAAAGAUUCGGGUUCUUGAAUUCUGCAUCUUCUAACCGUCAGGAGCUAAUGUUUUGACAUAGGGGCAUAUCAAAAUUUUGAGGGUUUCAGCUUCUUGCUUGAGAAAUGCUAUUUCAGUGUAUAAGCUCUCUCUUCUCCUGAAUUAACUCUUUCGACCACCUCUCCGAAGCUGCACCUGGGUUUGAAACAAGAUUUCCGACAAAUGAUGCACGAAAAAAAAAAAAAAAAA